AUGUCUGAACCCGAUCACUGGCGCAUGAGACUCAACAACUACCUGCAAGGCAAUGGUGGCCCCCGCACAUUGAGCUGGGAAGUAUAUCAAUCUGGCCCAUUACACCAGCCUGUGUGGACGGCGGUGGCCUAUGUCAGAGGAGUCGAGUACGGAAGAAGCACUGGUUCCAGCCAGAAUGCUGUCAAGGAAGAGGCGGCGCGACAAACGCUUUCUGCCCUUUAUCACGACCGUGGUGUGCGGGGCUGA